AUGCUCGCAGAUGCGUUCAUCAAAGCCCGUGCUAGAGCUAAAAAGGUGCAAGCCCGGAAGGCGGAUAUCUUCCGAAUAGCCCAAAGGGACGAUGAGUUGUUACAAGAAUUUGUGAAUCGCUUCCAAAGGGAACGGAUGGAGCUUCCUCUGGUUCCGGAAGAAUGGGCCACACAAGCUUUUACCAAAGGGCUUAAUCCUCGGAGCUUGAUUGCUUCAUUCAAACUGAAGGAAAACUUGUUAGAAUAUGAGGCUGUAACUUGGGCAGAUGUACAUAACAGAUACGAAUCAAAGAUUUGGGUAGAGGAUGACCAACUCGAACUUCCCCCGGGACCCAUAAAUAUGAGCAAAAGCUCUGAAAGGUCGAGGAAAAAUUAUGAGCCGAAGACGCGACUAUCGAGGGAAAGAAGUGAUACAGGGAGUUCGGCUACCAACAAAGACGUACCGAGGAUAUCGGAGUACAACUUCAACGUUAACACCUCGGACCUCAUCUCAGCUAUCAACCGUAUCACGAAGGCUAGAUGGCCAAGGCCAUUGAGGUCAGACCCGGGUCAACGGGAUCCAAGCAUGGUGUGUGAAUAUCAUGAGACACAUAGGCACAGAACUGAAGACUGUCGUCAGUUAAGGGAUGAGGUGGUUCGUUUAUUGAAGAAUGGCCACCUUCGGGAAUUCCUGAGUGAACGAGCCAAAAACCACUACAAAGAAAGGGAGAAUCACAAACGAGCUAAGCCGGUGGAACCUCAACAUGUGAUCAAUAUGAUAAUUGGGGGAACGGAUGCUCCAUGA